GUUUGAUGGUAUGUCGCUGAAAAGCAAGAACAUCGGAAUAACAAAGCCAGCACGUUAUCUGGGAUUCUAUUUUCCGUAUUUUCAGACAGUCUCCCAGAACUAAGCGACCGAAAUCUACCCAAAUUGCGCCCGUCGAGUCGAGCGCAAGUGGAACUAGACUUCAGCCAUCCUAGACCACCAUCCUCCUACCGCGUCUCCUCGUCCACGACGCUCGCUGUCGUCAACGCACAAUGGGCUGGCUCUGGGCAUCACCCUCGGCGCCCAAGCCAACCGAGUCACCACAAGACGCACGCGCCGAACCAAACCCCCCCACAACCGCCCAGACGGCCGCCCCCAACGAACCCGUCGACCCCGAGAUCCAAAAGUUCUACGACCUCUUCAAGAACGACGAGUCAUCAUCACCCUCCGACUCAAACCCUUCCGAACCCGCCAACGACCAGAAAAAGUCCACGUUAGCCUCAUGGCUCACCCUAAAAGCGUCCCCCAAGUCCUCGCAGGCGCCGCCCGAGGCCCCCAUCGGCGACCCGCUCGCGGAAGCCCUCCUCCCCACCGACAUGUCCUGCCGCCAAGCCUUCGACCUCGCCUGGUCCUGCAACUCCCUGGGCGGCCAGUUCAACGCCGUGUACCGCUAUGGCGAGAUGCGCUCCUGCUCUGAUCAGUGGGACGACUUCUGGUUCUGCAUGCGCACCAAGUCGUACACUGGCGAGCUCAAGGAGAAGAUGAUCCGCGCCCACUACCGCGAGAAGGAAUGGCGCAAGUACGGCUCCGGGAAGCCCAGCUCAGAGGAUAUCUGGGAGAGCCGGAAAGAAAAGGUGCCGCUGGGCACCGCCUUCACUGAGAGGGUUGACCCCCCGACGAUCGGCGAUGACGAGUGGCGGACUGCCGAGGAAGCCAGGAGGAGGGCGGCCCGAACAGAACUUGGGCACGACAAGGCUUCAUGACGGCCGAGAAAAACCACAUCAUACCAUUAUAUACCAUAUACAUAAACCAUCACGCAAAUCAGGCGCGUUUUCUCUGCUCCA